AUGCCGCUCGUCGUACCCGGGAUCACCAGCCAGCCCGACAACAAGACCCAGGAAUGGCAAAGCAAGCUCCUCGGCAAGAAACUGUCGGACACGGAGCACACCGAGACUCUAUUCUGCAAGAAAGACCUCCCGCAGGAACACCGCGUCGUUGCGCCUGGUCAGGCGGUUACCACCGACUUUAAGGAGGGCCGGCUGAACGUCCACCUGGAUGAUGACGGGACCGUUUCCCGCGUUACCCAUGGAUAG